AUGGAACAGUCAAAUGGAUAUUCUCAAAUGUCAACGCUUGAUGAUAGUCAAGCAUUUAAUGUUGGUGGAGAAUAUCAUUAUUCUGAACCAUAUUCAACCUCACCCACGAAUAUGAAUAAUAAUACGAUAAAUCUCGAUAAUGAAAUUCAAAGUUGGGAACAUUUAUAUGGCGAAAAACCAGUAAUAAAUAAUACUUAUACUGAUAUUCCACAAACAGAUGUCAAUGUUAAUCAACCAAUGCAUUUUGAAUUUCCACCCAAAGGUGAAUUAUUUCAUUUUAAUCAAGAUGUGCCAACAGAAAAAUAUGCACCUGAAGCGGAUUAUGAAACAAUUGUUCGAACAAAAAAUUUAUAUUAUGAUCCUGAACCCCAAAUUAUACGAAAACCUUCAGUACCAAAUUCAGUUGUUUAUAAUCAAAAUAUUAUGGUACGAUUUUUACAACCACCACCAGUGCCACAAGCACCUUUGAUUAUACGAGAAGUUCGUCCACCUCAACCUCCACCGCCACCACCACUUGUCAUUCGGCAACAUCCUCCACCGCCUCUCUCACCACCUCCCAUCAUUCUUCGCGAAAGACCUCCACCGAUACCUGCUAGUAUGACCGCGAAAGUUAUAACCAAAACACUACCUCCUAUUCCACCACCACCAAGAUCAGUAAUUAUUGAAAAUUUACCUCGAUUACCACCUAAACCACGUGAUGUUAUCAUUGAACGAUGGAUACCCUAUGAAGCUAUGUAUAAACGUCCAGUUGUUGUUCAUCGAGCUAAAGAGGCAAAACAAUAUCCUUCACCCAGAAAUAUUAUUAUAACGUAUGAACCUGUACAAACACGAGUUGUUCGACAAUUCCAACGAUUAGGUGUUACACCUGAAGAUCCUGGUAAUUAUUCCAGACAUUAUGGAAAUUCAUUACUUGAUACCGAUCAAUUAAUGGCACAAAUAAAAGAUAUGGGCAUUAGUGUAGAUCUUUCUCCACCUAAAAUGUACAAUAGAGAUCAACAACAAGAGCAACAACAACAUCAACAUCAACAUCAACAGCAACAGCAACAGCAACAGCAAACAUCAUCAAAUGAUAAUGAACAUACAUUUACUAGUAUAAAUAAUACUUCUCCACAACGACAUUUAUAUGGUGAAGUAAACAUGAAUAAUAACAAUAAUAAUAACAAUAAUAACAAUAAUAAUAAUAAUAAUAAUAAUAAUAACAACAAUAGUUAUGCUCCAACUUAUGAAAAUCUUAUUCAUGGAGCAUCGUCGUUAUCAAGAAAUUAUGAAGAAUCGCAUGUUCAACAAGUUGGGAGUGGAAGAUCUUUUUCAAGUAUAGUAGAAGAUUUAUCAUCUCAACUUGCACAUUAUGGUAUCACACCUGAAUCAAUGCCUUAUUAA